UUGCAGACUCUCAGCAAUCUGCUGGAGGAGGAUCGACUUCAGGAAGCGUUGGAAUUCGCGCUUGGAUUAGCAAGACCUUUCUGUGCCUUGAAGGUUAUUGACAAGCUAAGUGAUCGAGAUGAAUUGAUGCCUGCUUUAAUAAAACUAGAUAAGCAGAAAAUUCAAGUCUUGCUAGGAUUUGUUACACAAUGGAACACUAAUAGUCGGACUUCUCUGGCGAGUCAGAAUGUCUUAAACUGCCUGCUGAGGAUAAUUCCACCCGAACAGCUGCUCGAAUUGCCGAAUAUUAGAUCUACCAUUGAAUCAUUGAUUCCUUACACUAAAAGCAGAAUGGCCGACGAUUUGCCAAUGGAGAGCAUCGAUGAUAUGCCGGAGUUGAUCGACGUCGAUCUCCCUACUCAGUUGCCGUCAUUAAUCGAGCAGAACACAACUGAACCCGAAAAGCAGACAGACGAGUUCCGAUUAGUAAGUUGUUUGUAUGCACAUGACUGA